CAUCCCAAUUUGUGUACUCAAGUAUUUCAUCUCAUGCUUAUGUAGGCACUUACGUCACAAUUAUCAACAUAAAAACAGGGGCUCAUCAAUAUAAAUCCAAUGUCAUAAAUGUUUUGCCUCAUUACUAAACCAAUCCCACUCCCACUACUUUCCAUGGCUUCACAGAACCCCCACUACUUCCCAUGGCUACUUUUCUUCCUCCUCUUGGGGGUCAGUAAUUCCUUUGCAAAAUCUGAAGAAUACAAGACAUACAUCAUCCACAUGGACCGUUCACAGAAACCAGAAACAUUCUCAACCGAUGAGUCAUGGCACCGAUCUACACUAACAUCAUUGUCCUCAUUCCAUGAAGAUCAAUUGCUCUAUUCAUAUGACCAUGUCAUUCAUGGCUUCAGCAUUAGGCUCACACCCUCUCAAUUAUCUGAAAUCGAGAAGCACCCGGCUCACAGUGCAACACAACACGAUUCCUUUGGCAAGCUCUACACAACCCACACCCCCAAAUUCCUUGGCCUGAAACAUAAAAGAGGGAUAUGGUCUGCUUCUUCUUGUGGCAAAGACGUCAUCAUAGGUAUAAUCGAUUCGGGUAUUUGGCCAGAGAGCGAAAGUUUUCAGGACAAAGGGAUGUCACCAGUGCCCGAGAGAUGGAAGGGAAAAUGUGAGAAUGGGACAGCGUUUAGCCCUUCGUCCUGUAACAGGAAGCUCAUUGGAGCCAAGUCCUUUAGCAAAGGACGCCUAGCUUCUGGUGAAAAAAUUCACAAGGGCGACUUUGAAUCUGCUAGAGACUCUUACGUCCAUGGAACCCACAUCUCGUCCACAGCAGCAGGUAACCAAGUCCUUGGUGUUAGUUACUUUGGCUAUGCUAGAGGCACAGCCAGAGGGGUAGCACCAAGUGCACACAUCGCCAUGUACAAGAUCGCCUGGAAAACAAGCACAGGUUAUGAAUUUACAGAGAGCGAUUUGCUUGCUGGAAUGGACCAAGCAGUUGCCGAUGGAGUGGACAGCAUGUCUUUGUCUUUGUCUGCACACUAUCCAGAUAUACCACCUUAUUUUGAGGACAACGUAGCUAUCGCAUCGCUUUCGGCAAUGGAGAAAGGGAUUGUUGUUAUUUGUGCUGCUGGAAAUGAUGGAAUUCGAAAUAAGAUACACAAUGGAGCACCUUGGAUCACAACUGUAGGUGCUGGCACUGUUGACCGAAGUUUUGCAGCAGCAAUGCGCCUAGGAAAUGGGCUAACCUUGGGAGGAACAUCCUACUUCCCAGAAAGCGUUUACCUUUCUGACACGCCUUUAUAUUAUGGGGGUGGUAAUCUAAGCAAAGCAACAUGCUCAGCUUUGGAUCGGGAAGAGGUUGCCGGAAAGGUAGUCCUGUGUGAUAGCAACAUUUUUCAGAUGGAAGAAGUUCAGAAAGCCAGCGGACUUGCGGGAGUCUUCUUGGGGGACCCGCAAGUUAUAUAUCCAGAAGAUUACACUUUUCCUAGCAUGGUGCUGACAAAUAAUUCUUGGACUUCAGUCAGAGAAUAUGCAACCGGAGUGAAUAACGCAAUGAUAAAGAGCAUGAGGUUCACAGUGACAAGUUUGGGCACAAAACCAGCACCUCAGGUGGCGGUUUUUUCUUCUAGAGGACCUGACCCGAUAAACCCAGGGAUUCUGAAACCAGACAUUCUCGCCCCUGGGGUGGAUAUUCUCGCAGCAGUUCCACCCUAUACGGUUUCUGUGGCAACAUGCAAUUACAAGUUGGUCACAGAUUAUGCACUCGACUCUGGAACAUCAAUGGCAGCCCCCCAUGUUGCAGGAGUUGCAGCAUUACUAAAGGCCGUUCACCAAGAUUGGAGUCCUGCAGCCAUAAGAUCAGCAAUCAUGACCAGUGCAGAAAUAGUUGACAAUACGGGCACAACCUUCAAAGACCAAGGGGCAGGACUCCCUGCCACACCUCUUGAUUUCGGGGCAGGCCAUAUCAAUCCCAACAAAGCCAUGGACCCUGGCCUGAUAUACGAUUUGGGUAUCCAAGAUUAUAUCGAGUUUUUGUGCAGCCUUGGCUACACUAAGAAGCAAAUGAGCUCUGUCCUCAGGAGAAAUCAAUGGAGUUGCAGUCAAAAUCGUGCUGACCUCAAUUACCCUUCUUUUAUCGCCAUAUUUCCUAAAGGAGCCAGAUCAAAGAACUUCAACAGGGUUGUGACGAACGUGGGAGACAGCGAAGCCAUUUACCAAGCAGUUUUAGCUGUUCCUACUAGAAUGAGUAUCAAAGUAGAGCCCAGUACUCUCGUAUUCAAAAGCAAAUAUCAGAAGCAAAGUUUUGUUGUGAGCGUGCAGAUUGAGAAGGAUUCACCAAACAUAAAUUAUGGUUUUCUCAAGUGGAUCGACCAGGAUAACCACAUAGUAUCAAGCCCCAUUGUAGUUAUUUAUGGCUGACAUCCUAGUUAUUUGUAGCCCUAACAGUUGUGAAUCAACGAAAUGUUAUGAAUCUCAAUAAAGGAUUGGGAAGACGUAUGUAUUGAUUUGUUAUCUACUCA